AUGGGCCGCGGGAGGACGGAGAUGAAGAGGAUCCACAACGACGUGUCGCGCCGGGCCACCUUCGGCAAGCGCCGCCGCGGCCUGCUCAAGAAGGCGGGCGAGCUCGCCGUGCUCUGCGGCGUGGACCUCGGCCUCCUCGUCUUCGACGACGGCGGCGCCGGCAAGCUGUUCGACUACUGCAGCCCCAGCACAAGCUGGAGCGAGCUAAUUGAGCGCUACGAGAGCAUCACCAACCACAAGUUCCAGUUCCAGUUCCAGUUCCAGGGGAUAGAUCAUGAUGAUGAUGAUCAGCAACAGUUGGCGGAUCUGAGGCGUGAGCGUGACCGUCUCGAGGCCAGCGUGAGGAGGCAAACCGGAGAAGAUCUGCCAUUCGCCGCGACGGCGGCCGAACUGGACGAUCUGGAGCAGCGGCUGGAGUGCGUGCUGGGUGAAGUCCGUGAAAUGAAGGACAAGCUGCUGGAGCAGCAGUUGGCCGAAUCAUACCACAAGGUGCGCAUCUUGCAGGACCAGAACAGCUUCCUUCGCCGCCUGAUGGGCGAGGAGGGGCAGCAACGUGCUGCUGUGGAGGCGUCAUCGGUUGCGCCAAAGCUACCGGCGAUGGCGUUCGGGGGAUCCUUCCCGGAGGUGGAGGAGGAGGAAUUGACGACACUGCGGCUGUGGCCGCGGCAGCUCCCCGAUGUGUAA